CCCGCGCUGCCCGCUCGGCGCGCGCUUCGGGGCGAGGCUCGGCGGCUCCUGUGGACGCGCAGCAUGGCGGUGGAGGAGGAGGGGUUGCGGGUGUUCCAGAGCGUGAAGAUCAAGAUUGGUGAAGCCAAAAACCUUCCCUCCUACCCGGGGCCAAACAAGAUGAGAGACUGCUACUGCACGGUGAACCUGGACCAGGAGGAGGUUUUUAGGACCAAAAUCGUGGAAAAGUCACUCUGCCCUUUCUAUGGAGAAGACUUCUACUGUGAGAUUCCUCGGAGCUUCCGUCACCUAUCAUUCUACAUUUUCGAUAGAGAUGUCUUCCGGAGGGAUUCCAUCAUAGGGAAGGUGGCCAUCCGGAAAGACGACCUGCAGAAGUACCACAACAGAGACACCUGGUUCCCACUGCAGCAUGUGGAUGCUGACUCGGAAGUGCAGGGCAAGGUCCACCUGGAGCUGAGGCUGAGUGAAGUCAUCACUGACUCGGGUGUCGUCUGCCACAAGCUGGCCGCACGCAUCGUGGAGUGCCAAGGUCUCCCCAUUGUGAAUGGGCAGUGUGACCCUUAUGCCAUUGUGACAUUGGCAGGACCAUUCAGAUCUGAAGCAAAGAAGACAAAGGUGAAGAAGAAGACCAACAACCCCCAGUUUGAUGAGGUCUUCUACUUUGAGGUGACUAGACCCUGCAGCUACAGCAAAAAGUCACACUUUGACUUUGAAGAGGAAGAUGUGGACAAGUUGGAGAUCAGAGUCGACCUCUGGAAUGCCAGCAACUUGAAGUUUGGAGAUGAGUUUCUGGGAGAGCUGAGGAUCCCACUCCGAGUCCUGCGCCAGUCUAGCUGCUAUAAGGCCUGGUACUUCCUCCAGCCCCGGGACAGCAGCAGUAAGAGCCCAAAGCCAGAUGACCUGGGGUCUCUGAGACUGAAUGUGGUAUACACCGAAGACCAUGUGUUUUCCUCCAACUAUUAUAGCCCUCUACGGGAGCUGCUGCUGAAGUCUGCAGAUGUGGAGCCUGUCUCGGCGUCAGCAGCCCACAUCCUGGGCGAGGUGUGCAGGGAGAAGCAGGAGGCAGCGGUGCCACUGGUGCGGCUCCUCUUGCAUGCGGGCAGGGUGGUGCCCUUCAUCUGUGCCAUUGCCAGUGCCGAGGUGCAGAGGACCCAGGACCCCAACACCAUUUUCCGUGGAAACUCGCUAACGUCCAAGUGCAUUGACGAGACGAUGAAACUGGCGGGUAUGCACUACCUACAUGUCACCCUGAAGCCCGCCAUCGAGGAGAUAUGCCAGAGCCACAAGUCUUGUGAGAUCGACCCUGUGAAGUUAAAAGAUGGUGAAAACCUCGAAAACAACAUGGAGAACCUGAGACAGUACGUGGACCGCAUCUUCCAUGCCAUCACCACAUCUGGGGUCAGCUGCCCAACCGUCAUGUGUGACAUCUUCUUUUCCCUCCGAGAGGCAGCUGCCAAGCGCUUCCAAGAUGACGUGGAUGUGAGGUUCACUGCCGUGAGCAGCUUCAUCUUCCUGAGGUUCUUCGCUCCAGCCAUUCUCUCCCCCAACCUCUUCCAGCUCACGCCUCACCACACGGACCCACAGACAUCUAGGACCCUGACCCUUAUUUCAAAGACCAUUCAGACUCUCGGCAGCUUAUCUAAGUCAAAGUCGGCCAGUUUUAAGGAGUCGUACAUGGCUACGUUCUAUGAAUUCUUCAAUGAGCAAAAAUAUGCGGAUGCCGUGAAAAACUUUCUGGAUCUGAUUUCAUCCUCGGGAAGAAGAGACCCUAAAAGCAUAGAGCAGCCUAUCCUGCUCAAAGAGGGGUUCAUGAUUAAGAGAGCACAAGGAAGAAAACGCUUUGGGAUGAAGAAUUUUAAAAAAAGAUGGUUUCGCCUGACUAACCAUGAGUUCACCUACCAGAAAAGCAAAGGAGACCAGCCCCUCUGCAGCAUCCCCAUCGAGAAUAUCCUGGCCGUGGAGAAGCUGGAGGAACAGUCCUUCCGUAUGAAAAAUAUGUUCCAGGUGGUACAGCCGGAGCGCACCCUCUACAUCCAGGCCAGCAACUGUGUGGAGGCCAAGGACUGGGUUGAUGUCCUCAGCAAGGUCAGCCAUUGCAACCGACAGCGGCUCACUGUCUACCACCCCUCCGCCUAUCUGAAUGGUCACUGGCUAUGCUGCAGGGCCUCCUCGGACAUGGCCGUGGGCUGUUCACCCUGCACUGGGGACCUCCCAGCUGACAUCCACCUGGACAUUGACGGGGACCGGGAGAUGGAGCGUGUGUACUCUCUCUUCCACUCCUACAUGGGCAAGCUGGAGAAGAUGCAAGAGGCCUGUGGGAGCAGAUCUGUGUAUGAUGGCCCUGAGCAGGAGGAGUACUCCGCAUUCCUCAUUGACGACCCCCAGGAGACAUACAAGACGCUGAAGCACCUCAUUGCUGUGGUCGUGGCUCUGGAGCGGGAACAUGCCCAGUAUAAGAGGGACAAGUUCCAGAAGACAAGAUAUGGAAGCCAGGAGCACCCCAUUGGAGAUAAGAGUUUCCAGAGCUGCAUCAGGCAGCCAUCCGAGGCCUCCACACAUUCCAUUUGAAGCCUGGAAAGGACAAGAGAGUAGGGACAAGGGCAGAGCCACCAGCCUGGGUCCACAUGCCUCUGCACCAUCAAGCCCAUGUCACGCCUGAUCUGAGAGCUGCUGCCAUCUGCUAUGGCAGGAACUAACUUGCCCAUUGGGUGAGUUAAUUUUCAUUCUCCAGGUUUAUGGGAUUCAGUGAUCAGCCAGAUCAUCAAGAAGUGUGGGCACCACCACUGCUGUGGCCCGGCCCAGCCUGGGAGCCCUCGCUCAGCCCAGUGGCUGCAGAACAUGAGUUCCCACCUUGCCCUCACUGUGCCCUGCCGCCUGUGCAUCUCUGCACCAUGGGCCCUCAGCCCUGCCUGGACGGACAUCCUGCUUCAUCACCAGCCACAGAUGGCCUCUCUCUUCAGCUGUUGAUGAGGUUUUGUUCCUGGCCAAAGGGUCAGUUUGUGACUAGGACAUGCAGAGCUGCACAGAAGUCCCACCUGAGAGUGCUCCUGGUACCUGGGAGGCACCCUCUGCAGAGGGGCUCCAGUCUCCAGGUGUCUGCUGAGCCCCCAGCUCAAGCACACAUCCUUCUGAUGAAGGUUAGAGUUCCUCCCCUGGUGGAAAUUUGGGAAAGAUUUUAAAAAUAGAAGUGUGCAUUUUUCACGCUGUUUUUCUUAAUAUUUUUAAAAGACUGUUUUAAAUUAGCUCUUUCUAACUUUGGAUAUUCCUAUCCAACCUGUACCUGGUAAACAAGAGGACAUCAUAGGAGGGCAGCGUAAAAAGGAGUCCUGUGUAUUUCAUGAAAGCCAGCAAAAGGUCCUCAAAAGAAAAAUCAAAGAGAAGAAACUAUGAGUUUGAAGAGUGGAGCCUUCAGUGACACAGGUGCCACUGCCAUGAAUCCGAGCACUGUGUCUCUGUGGGCCCUGUCCCCUCCUCACCCUCCUGGAGCUUGCCGAGGAAGAUCUCCACACAGUGUCCUCAACUGCUGUCGGCACUGCAUGCCUGGUGCUCUCUGUUCUUGUUUGGAAACAUUGUUGUUCAGGGUCAGUAUAGAUGGCAGGUAGUAACGUUAAUGUUGUCACAAAAAUAGUGGAGGAAAAUGUAAAAAAUAAACUUUGGGACACACAGCUAUGAUGCUGCACCGAGCUGCAAUUUUUAACAUGGAUUUGUAACUUAAUGUCUCUGUUUAUAAAAUACUAAUAAUUUGCAAUGUAUUUUACUGUCCAAUUAAAACAGAUAUUUUAUUCUU